AUGGCAAAUUCCAAUUUCCUUGGUAUUGUGCUGCGCUUUGCCUUGCUCUAUCUCUGGUUUAUCCCUGCAUUCCGAGUAUUUCUGUUGGUGCACACUUCCACCGACCGCUUCCUACAUCUUUCCAUCUACCUUGACGCUUUACAGAGCAAUCACGUCUUUGACAGACCACCAAGUGGCAAUAUCUCCUCCUCACCCACGGAGUCUACGCGGGCCGGUUGUGGAACAGCCUGGUACAUCUCCAAAACCAAGGACAUGCGAAGCCUAAACUCGAGGGUCUCGCCAUUCCGCGAUAAGCUCAACCAGGAAUCCUUGAAUCCCUUCGGAAGACAACGCAACAUCGAACUUCUAGAGGAGUGUGUCCGACGCCUCCGACUGCAGGGGUACGAUGUCGACCUCGAGAUGGCGAAGCGGCAAUUUUGGUGUAUGGCAAGCGGAACGAGGUCAUCGAACAUGACAAAACCAAGUUCCCGAGGCUUUACCAAGCCUGCAGCUCCCUUAUCACACCACCUGGCAACGGAUCCUGACUCUGUACGGCGACACGCAAGGUUGGAUCAACCACAAGCCUGGUUCUGGGCUUGCACGUCCCUUGCCCGAGCCCGACCUCAGACUCCGACCGGAUAA